UUACCUGAGACCGAUGUCAAAAAAGGAGUGGAUUAGUUAAACGACAGUCGAUAUACUACGAGGCGAUAUUGUACAUUUCGCUUAUUAUUCGUGUAGUUAAAGAUCUUUGAUAGGGAAUACAUUACGCCUGAAAUACUGGAUUUAUUUAAAUAUUUUAGUUUUGGUUAGAAUACGUUUAAAAUUAAACAUUGAUGAUAUGACUGUGAGUUUGGAUACAACCAUAUACGAUAUAGAAUUACCUUAAAGGACUUACUAUAAUAUACAUAUACGGUUAAAACACUCCAAUACCAGGGACCAAUAGUUAAACUCUCAGGCUUAUACGUAUAAGGGAAUAUUCAUACGUGCUUAUAGAUAGUUUUAAAGGAUAUUUUAGUGAUAACUUUUGGAUACCAAGUCAAUAGCGCGUCCCUGUAAGCAGUGAUAUGGGUAACUGCGCCGGAAAACAGCGGAAGGAGCCGCCUGUCACGCACAACGCGCUGGGCCGGAAGCGGGUCCACGAUGCGCAAGAUUCCUAUGUGCGCAGGGCUGUCGACGAACCUGACGGAAAGGAUGACGAUACGGAUUCUGUUGGACCAGAUAAGCGGAAUAGUAAGGAUAAGGAAAUGUUCCACGGAGAAUUCGACUGGGAUCCAGACGCAAUUUUUCCUCUAAUGCCGGCUUCCGGUGAUGAAACUGACCGCCGGAAGAGACUUAAGCACAUGCGCACAUUAGUGAGCAACAACUACGAUGAGGAUGAUCUAUUAGAUUGUAAGGUUGACCAUAAAGCACGUGACGUGGACAUCCGGGAGUACGAUUUCCCCUUCGAGAACCUCGCGUUUGAAGGAGGCGGAAACAAGGGGCUGGCCUACUGCGGGGCUGUAAGGGUUCUAGAGGAGCUGGGCGUCUACAGCCAGGUGAAGAGGUACGCAGGGGCCAGCGCCGGAGCUAUGACGGCCGCGUUGCUAUCUGUGGGCUACAACUCGUACGAGAUUGAGGAAUUCCUCAGCCAAGAUCUCUCUAAAAUCUUUCUUGAUCACUCAUGUGGUUUUAUGAGUCUGCUGCCAAACCUACUCACCGGCUACGGCUGGAAUCCAGGCAAGCGGAUAUACAAAUGGUUCGGACAACAACUAGAGGCCAAAACAGGAAACGCCGACGUCACAUUCGCCGAGAUCCUUGAGCGGUUUGGUAAAGAGUUAUGUGUGGUCGCCACUAACCUUAAUAUGAUGAACGCCGAGUAUUUCCACCCCAAAACAUCCCCAGACAUGCCCGUCCGCAUGGCUGUCCGAAUGUCCAUGUCAAUACCAGGGUUGUUCCAGGCAACAGAGUACCGCAUGCACGGGGAGGAUAACACGUAUGUGGACGGGGGACUGCUGUGUAACUACCCGAUCAACUGUUACGACGGUUGGUGGCUGUCUAUGAAGAUGGAGGACAGCUUCCUAAACAGGCUGCAGCCCCUGGAAAACUUCCCAAAACUGUUCGAGAAGAAAGAAAGAUUUGGGACCUAUAACGAGCAUACACUGGGCUUCCUAUUGUACGCGGAUAACGAGCGGGACAUAUUACGAGAUAUUCUUCAACAGAGAGUCGGGGCGGAGUUACCGGAGUUUCCGAAAACAAAACUCGCCAAGGAGAAAAUUAAGAAGAAGAAAAAGCAGGAACAAGUGAAACUUGAACACAUUCGGAACCUGCACGCCGUCUCUGCUUUCCUGAAGGUUUUGAAGAAGCAUAAUAAGGACAACGAUGACAAAAUCAACAAAACUGAGCUGAAAAACGCCCUCAAUGAUAAAGAUGGCUUUCCUCCACGUUAUGUAGAACGUUUGUUUGGUAAGAAUGUUACCGUUGACGAAGCAAUGGCAGCGUUGGACGAGGAUGGAAAUGGAGAGGUAUACUAUCACGAGAUCGUGCAUUUCAUAGAACGGACGGGCGUGUCCCUGCAGGCACGAUUCCUUGGUUACCAGCGAAAGGAGAUUAAAGGGUUGUUCUCCUUCUUUGACACCCUUCAGUCGGCACUUCUUACAAACGUGAAGAGAAUUGUGGUCGAGGAGCGCGACAUUGAGCGAACUAUCGGGAUCAACACUGGUCACGUGGGUACCUCUGACUUUACACUGGAGCAGGCGGACAGGGACUUUGUUAUCGAGCAAGGAAAACGUUCCGCAGAAACAUUCCUCCGUUAUUACGUGGUGAAAAACGAUCCACCUAAAAAGAAAGCUAAACAAGUUAAGUCAGAACAUGAGAAUGUCACAGGUCACGGUCAGCCUCAUUCUGACACCGCGCAUGCGCAGGUAAACGGCACGCAUGCAGAGGACAACGGUGACGUCAAUUCCAACGCCCAAUCAAAAAGCGUUGAGGUCCAUGUAGAUGUGAAUGGCGUACAAAGUGAGAACACAGUGGAAGUUAAAGACAUAACAAUAGAAGAAUCGACCACAGAGUUGGAACCAGACACAGACAGCGAUCCUCAAAAUUCAUCUUCAGUGCCGCUUUUGCCCGAAAACACGUGACGUUAUUGUUGAAGUUCAUUGGUUGUUCGCUCUUUGGGUACCAAUUCUGUUUAACAGAUGGUUUAUUGUCAUGUUUGCGAUUUUUCGGACGUUGACAAUGGAGAGUAAGAGGUUAUUAGGAGAUAACGUUUAUCUUGUACAGAGACGUUAGAUGUUUGAAAAUGUGUAAAUACAAUGAUGCAAGUCAAACAAGUCCUUGCCAUAUUUUACCUUAGUUUGUGGUACAAUUUAAACUAAUUAAAGAUUGCUUAAUGUAAUUGUUUUGACAACACAGACUUGCCAUUUUGCUUUUGUUUUUACUUUAGCGCUAGUUAGGUUUUUGUUUUAAUAAUAUUGUCAACAGCUCACUCUGCAAUAAUGAACCAAUCACAGCAGAUGCAUGCUUUUGACAAUGGAAAUUAGUGUGAUUAACGAAAUUGUUGUAUGAAAUUGUACUUAACUUUUCCACAGUCAAGUACAGUAAUGUUGUUUCAGAAAAUCAGGUCAUAAUUGAAACAUGGCUGCUGACCAAAUUAUGGUCUAUUUUCAAUGGAACUUUAUAUUGCUGGCAUGGUAUCACCAUUUAACAUUGCUGUCAUGUUGUUCACAUUGAUUGUAGUUUUGUUGUAAAUAUUUAACAUUGUUUUUAUGUUGUUAACUUUAACAUUGUUGUUAACAUCGAACAUUGCUGUCGUGUCGUUUACAACAGUGUUGUAAUAUUGUUAACAAUUGAUAUUGUUGUAAUGUUGUCAACACUGAAAAUGAUGUCAACAUAGAACACUAUGGUAAUGUUGUUAAAAUUAACUUUGUUGUAAUCUUAUCAACACUGAAUGUUAAUGGCAUGUUGUUAAAUAGGGAUAUUGUUGUAAUUGUUGUAAUGUAAGUGAUAUUGAACAUUGCUGUUAUGGUGUUAAAGCUGCACGCUCACAGAUAUAUCAUUUUACAACUGUUUUAGUUUUUGUCUUGGAAAGAGUAAAUUUUUGCGUAAAUAUCUGCAAACCAAUGAUAUAAGAUUGCUGACAAAAAAUCAGAUCGUAGUUUUUCAUAUUUCCGUUAGAAAGUCAAUGUUUCAUGGCUUAAACUAACGGUUUAAGAAAAAUGCAUAAAACAUCAAUUUCUGAACUUAUGAUAUAAAAAUCUGCGAUAACUGGUUUCCAUGGAUUUUCGCAAAAAUUGCUCGUUCGAUGGCAAAAAAAUAAAAAGUUGUCAAAAUGUUCAAUCUGUGAGAGUGCAGCUUUAACGGAGGACUACGCACACUGUACUCGCCAUAUAUGUAAUAAUCAUGUGAAUUAGCCAACUGGCUUCUUGAGGCAUACCACUGAUACUCAAAUUUUAUCUAUUUAUCAAUACAUAUUUUUUAACCAAAUAAUUAAUACCGCCUUUGUAAGACACUGGUAUUCCAAGUAUAUGAUCCACUGUGCUCACACAAUUGUUUAUGUAAACUGACAUAUUUUCAAUGCAAAUUAAACGAUAUAAAUGAC